UGGCCGGCAUUCAUCUUAUGUCAAAAGUGACCAAUUAUCAAUUUCAAUAAAACUUCGUUUUUAAAUUUCAAUUACCAUUUUCAGUCGAAAGCUGAAUUUAUUGUUUACCAAUAUAUAAACAUCUUAAUUUAUAAUGGUUGAUCCAUAACUAAUUAGCACUCUAUUGUGAUACUAAUUUAGUAAAAAAAUCCGUACAAUCCGUACUUCGUGUGUUCGAACAAUUUGUCACUUCAAAAAAAAAAAUUAAUAAAUUUUUUCUAAAUAAUUGUGAUAACUUUUAAAAUUUAAAGUGAAUUAGUGGUGAAAUCAUGUCGGUUCCAAAGGCAAAAGGUUUAUCCAAAUUAAAGAAGAAGCAUUUUCGAGUGAAACAUCAAAAAGUGAAAUUGUUUCGAGCUAAUGAACCAUUGCUUUCAGUUUUUAUGUGGGGUGUCAAUCAUACGAUUAAUGAAUUAAGUCAUGUCACGAUUCCUGUUAUGCUUUUACCAGAUGAUUUUCGGGCCUAUUCGAAAAUAAAAGUCGAUAAUCAUCUGUUUAAUAAGGAAAAUAUGCCAUCUCAUUUCAAAGUCAAAGAAUAUUGCCCGUUAGUGUUUAGAAAUCUUAGAGAACGAUUUGGAAUCGAUGAUUUAGAUUUUAAGGAAUCCUUAACGAGAUCUCAACCAUUACCUGAUGAGAGUUCAGGUAAAUCAGGCGCUAAGUUUUAUAUGUCCUACGAUCGUUUGUUCAUUAUUAAAACGUUAACAAGCGAAGAAGUCGAACGAAUGCAUUCGUUUUUAAAACAUUACCAUCCGUAUAUUGUUGAAGUUCAUGGAAGGUCAUUGUUACCUCAAUAUUUAGCUAUGUAUCGUUUGACAGUUGACAGUGUUGAACAUUAUAUGGUAGUUAUGCGAAGCGUAUUCAGUAACCAUUUAACAAUUCACACAAAAUUCGAUUUAAAAGGUUCAACAGUGGAUCGUGAAGCAUCGGAAAAAGAAUUAGAAAAAGAGUUACCAACCCUUAAAGAUAAUGAUUUUGUUAAGCAACAAAUGAAAAUUUAUAUUGGUGAUGAAGCUAAGGAUAAGUUAUUAGAAACUCUUCAAGCUGAUGUUGAUUUUUUGACAAAACUUCAUUUAAUGGAUUAUAGUUUAUUACUUGGUAUUCACGAAUGUGAUAGACAAACUCAGGCAUCCGGAGAACCUGGUGAAGGCGAACAGGUUCCAUGCGAAGAAAGUGCUGAAUCAGCAGCGGGUGAAGAUUUAAGUGAAGCCGAUGAAAGUGAAAAUGAAUUACGUGGUGGCAGUCAAGGUGGUUGGGGUUUUGGUUCCCCGCCUGAUUCACCACGAACACAUUUUGCACAAUUAAUGCGUGAUUAUGACGGUUACAUAAUACCACAGUUAGAUAUAUACGCAAUACCGUCAUCCGAGAAUGCUCCGGUACGAGAAAUAUACUUUAUAGCCAUAAUAGAUGUAUUAACCCAAUACGGUGUUAAAAAACAGGCGGCAAAAGCUGCUAAAGCUGUUAAAUAUGGAAGCAGUGUUGAUGGUAUUAGUACAUGUGAACCGGAACAGUAUGCUAAAAGGUUCACAGAUUUUAUGCAACGCCAUAUCGAGUAAAAAAUAAUCAAAACCAUAAACGAAAGAAAACACAAAGA